AAAGUUACGUCAUCGCUGAUGACAGAUCAUGUGGAUGAAGUGUAUAAAAGAGGGGAACUCGAUCGAUUGUAGCCACCAUUCUGAUUCUGCUGAAGCCUUAAGAUACUGUCAAGUGCAACAUUUUCAUCAAUGGCAACUCUAGGUUUUCAAGCUGUUCGUCCUCCACCGUUAACUUCCACCUCCGACCCACCUCCUCUUUUUGAUGGAACCACCAGGUUGUACAUCAAUUAUUCUUGCCCCUAUGCACAACGUGUAUGGAUCGCUAGAAACUACAAGGGGCUAGAAGACAAGAUCAAAUUGGUCCCUAUCGACCUUCAGGACAGGCCAGCUUGGUAUAAGGAGAAAGUCUACCCUGAAAAUAAGGUGCCAUCCUUGGAGCACAAUGGCAAGGUAUUGGGAGAAAGUCUUGAUUUGAUUAAAUAUGUAGAUGCAAACUUUGAAGGGACAACUUUGUUUCCCAGUGAUCCUGCCAAGAAAGAGUUUGGUGAGCAGUUGAUAUCUCAUGUUGAUACGUUCACCAAAGACGUGUUCAUUUCAUUGAAAGGGGAUCCUGUACAGCAAUCCAGUCCUGCUUUUGAAUACUUGGAGAAUGCUCUUGGUAAAUUUGAUGAUGGGCCAUUCUUUCUUGGUCAAUUUAGUUUGGUGGAUAUUGCCUAUAUUCCUUUUGUUGAAAGAUUCCAGAUUGUGUUUGCUGAGGCGUUGAAGCAUGACAUCACAGAAGGAAGACCUAAACUUGCUGCAUGGAUUAAGGAGGUGAACAAGAUUGAUGCUUAUACACAGACAAGAGUCGAUCCUCAGGAUAUUAUUGAUCUUUUCAAGAAGCGUUUUCUGCCUCAACAGUGAACGUUGGAUCGCUGAGGGCCCUCUAAGAUGUAACCAAUAAAGCAUCCUUUUCAUUCAUGGGAUGCAUCUUCAGUCAAAUAUUGUUGUGUUUAUAUGCUAGAUUUGCAGGAUAGUUUGAUGUCAUAAUUAUGUUCAAAUUUAAGCUUGUAUGUUUGAUGUCGUAACAAUGUUUAUGUACCAGCUUGUGAUCACUGAUCAAUAUAGUAUUAUCCUACUUGAACUAUGUUAUAUUACGUAUAAAACUUUGAUAUCUCAACUGUGAGCAAAGGUUUAUUGUA